AUGUCGAGCGCAAGCCAACUUUUUCUCCUCGCAGACCACAUCAAGCUCUCGCUGCUAGAGCGCCAGAGAGCAAAAAACCUCAAUCUAGAAGGGGACUCACAAGAUGGCCACUUGUCACGAUCAUUUGACCAGUUCCGCGAAGGCCUGGCCAGUCUUCGCGAAGAGGAGCAGCGACUAACCUUCGCUGGCGAGACGGCAGCUGCUUCAGAUCUCAUAGAAUCCAUCACAUCGCUCCAGAAGCAACUCGACGACCUCACAACCCAAUAUCAAGGCCAUACCUCCUCCUCAACAGCCGAAACCCUCAACCACCCCAAUUCGGAAGCGCUCGCCGAUGACUUUGAGCAUGCAACCUCCACAUCUCCAACCUCACGCAAGCCAAAGACUGUUCGCUUCAGCGACACGCCUUCGUCCCCAUCCGCGGAGCUCUUUGGCCCUUACAGAGAUGACCCUUCUAACAGCGCUGGUUACCAGGAUGAGGCUCAGGGCAUGAACAAUCAGCAGGUACAUCAGUACCACGCUCAGAUUCUAGAGCAACAAGAUGAGCAGCUUGAUCGUUUGGGUGAGUCUAUUGGACGCCAGCGUGAGCUAAGCAUGCAGAUUGGCGACGAGCUCGACAGCCACGUUGCUAUGCUCGACGAGGUUGAAGCUGUUACCGAUCGCCACCAGAGCCGAUUGGAUCGUGCAAGCAGAAUGCUUGGCAAGGUUGCUCGCGGGGCGGGUGAGAACAAGCAAAUGACUACCAUUGUGGUUCUCAUCAUUAUUCUUGUGCUCCUUAUCGCCAUCCUGAAAUGA